AUGUUACUGCAAUCCUUUCCUUUCUUUGUCGCCGUGCAGGUGAAUGCUUACGAUGACAGAGGAGUGCUGUUGGGGAAAUGGAGUAAGAACCUCUCUGACUACUCAGAUGGUGUGCUCCCUACCCGCUGGAAUGGAAGCGUGUCCAUCCUCAAGCGCUGGAGUGAGGGUGGCACAAGGCCUGUCCGGUAUGGGCAGUGCUGGGUGUUUGCAGCGGUGGCCUGCACAGUUUUGCGGUGCCUGGGUAUCCCUACUCGUUGCAUCACCAACUUCUCAUCUGCCCAUGACAAUAAUGGCGAUCUGAUAAUAGAAACCGAGGUGGACGAGAACGAUGAGGAAAUCUCCAGAGCAGAUAUCUGGAAUUACCAUUGCUGGGUGGAGUCUUGGAUGGCUCGGAAAGACCUUCCAGACGGUUAUGAUGGGUGGCAAGUCCUUGAUUCCACUCCCCAGGAGAUGAGUGACGGUGUGUUCUGCUGCGGCCCCUGUCCCGUGCGGGCCAUACGAGAGGGUGAGGUGGGGAUGAAGUAUGACGCCCCGUUCAUCUUUGCCGAGGUCAACGCUGACAUUACCAAAUGGAUGGUACACAAAGACAAGACGCGCACCAAGAUCUACGUUGACAAUUGGUCAGUGGGCCGCAACAUCAGCACCAAGAGCGUCUAUGGAGAUAAACGGGAGGAUGUCACUGCACUCUACAAAUACCCAGAAGGCUCAGCGAAGGAGCGUGAGGUUUUCGAGAAGGCCGGCCGACGAGUCUCCCACCAGCCGGACGACAACGAGACACAGCGCCCUCAGCUGAAACUCUCCAUCAAGAACGAGGAGGCCGUUCACGGCACCGACUUCGACAUCAUCGUAGAGGUGCAGAAUGUGGGCAACAAGGAGGCGGGCGCCGACCUCACCAUCAAGUCCGUCGCCAUCACCUACAACAGCCUGCACCGCGGAGUCUGCCAGAGCAAGACUGCCCGCCUCACCGUUCCCGCACAGAAGGUUCACAAAGAGGUCCUGAGGCUGCGCUACGACCACUACGGGGCUUGCGUGUCCGAGCACCACAUGAUCCGAGUGACUGCCUCCCUCAAGAUGAACGACCAGAGUGAUGUCAUCCAAACGAUGGCCAACAUCCAACUGAAAAUGCCGAAGCUGAAUAUCAAGGUGACAGGGGAAGCAGCGGUGGGCCAGAAGGUGACGGCUUACAUCACCUUAAAAAAUCCACUUCCUGUCACCCUGAAAAACGGCGUCUUCACGGUGGAGGGGGCCGGACUGACCACCGCCACGGAGAUUCCUGUCCUUGCGAUUUCGCUUCUCUCCCACAGCAAUGCCAUCCAGCCAGGGGAGGAGGUGACGGUCAAGCACUCCUUCAAGCCCAUGCGCUACGGCAUGAGGAAACUGCUUGUGGACUUCGACUCGGACAAGUUGAUGGAUGUGAAGGGGGAGACCAUUUUGAUGGUCCGUCGGAAGAGAUACAACUGGCCAUAA